ACCCUGUUGAACUUUACUCCCUUUCAGACCAAAUGGAAAGUGAAGAAGUUGAUGGAAUUGGGUAUGACAGCGACAGCAUUGAUGAAGAGAUUGAGCACAGCAUGUACAGUGCAGUAUUCUUCGAAUCAGUGCCGAAAAUCGGGGCAGAACUGGAUGAUAUGUUCUUCACUGGUUGCUCUAAAGAAGCGGCUACCAUGAACAAGGAUUCUGGUGAAUCGGAGACCAGCGUGAAAACGAGUUCAGUAGACUCCUCACGCGAUCAAUUUCUACCGCUUAACAUAUCACAGUUUAAAGACGAUUCCGAUUCUGAUGGCUAUGGCUCGCAUUUUCAGACUGAUUUACAUUCUGCAACAACUGAGGAAAGUGAUUCUGAGUCGGCCAUUACCAUGGAAUCUUUCGAUUCUCAUGUAUCGACAACUCUUUCCGGCGCAUCUGCAGAUGUGAACUGGACGCCUGAUGACGUCGUACUGGGUGUGUCAAGACAGGCUGUCUCGUCUGUGUGCAAUCCUGGAGAUCCACUGGACAUUGCUCGUAAGCUGGCUUCGAGUAGAAGCGACCCUGAUUUAUGGCGUAUAAAUGCAGAAGAUCGUCGUUCCAGUUCACGCACUGGGUCGCAUGACAAGAGGUACUUCAACGACUUUCAUAACGCGGUUUGCGCGAACUGUCGAAAGCGAGGUCACUUCACAUUUGAAUGUCGCAUUUCUGAUGUGGUUUGCAUAUUCUGCGGCAUCGAAGGUCACAUGAAAGAAAACUGCAAAAACAUGUACUGCUUUGCUUGUCUAGCACCCGGUCAUACCAAGAAGUCGUGUACCCUGUUGAGCCGUUUGAAGCAGUCCGUGUGUGAGCGUUGUGGUCUCCAAGGACACCAGUCCCAUUUAUGCACAGAGUUAUGGCGGCAAUAUAAGAACACGACAAGUGUCGGAAAACCAGUUCCAAUCCCGGUAAAAAUGCUGAGUCAUCGAGGGUGUUGCAACUGUGGCCGUCGGGGGCAUACGAUCGAACAAUGCCGGUGUCGACCUUUCCGUUCUAAUUUCAUCGGCCCUUCACCCCGUCGCCGAGUUUUGGUCUAUGAUAAGAAAAACAUUUUCAAAAAGAAGGCACUACGUGCUAAAGGAAAGUCUGAGGUUCCGUGUGGUGAGAUUCGGGUUGCCGACAAAAGGCAGAAACGAAAGAAGAGACGGAAGUUGGGUCCUGAUCAGGUGGACGACCCAACAACGAAUAUGGAAUCUUUACACGAAAAAUCCUCUCUGAACACUUUGGAGAUGAAAGUUAAUGAACGCCUCUUCGAUAUGGUCAUGGAUAGGGAAGUGUCAAAGGCAAAAGAAACGGUUCCUUCUGGUGGGUACUUCAACUCUUUCAUUGACCAAAAAGAUCGUACACCGACUUUCCAGUCGAGUCUCGAUCGAAUCAAAUCCCGCCGUCAGUCAGUUGAUAUUGAAGCAACAUUUCUUCCACUCAGCUCAAGGGGAAAGAAACGGCCGAAGAAUGCUCGACAAGGAGGACAUGCAGGUUUCAGUAACCAACUCCGGAAAUCUAAAAGUGCUCCGUCGUUUUCCCCGUUUGUAUGGAUAAACGAACAUACGGCAUCUGGAAGGAUUAAUGAGGAUCGAUGCUCGCCAGUAUGCUCUCCUCACACCGAAUCGCCGUUGUUUGAUUUUGAACGGAAAAAAGGAAAAGAUUUUUCGAGAACCCAGGAUUCUGCCUCCAAAUCAUCUAAUAUUCGCAAGGGGUCGUUCAGCAAGAGUAAUUGGAACGAUGAAAUGCGGAACUCCACGGCGACACUUAUGCAGACACACCACGCCGACUGUGAAAAUACAUCCACUGUACCGCGUAAGCGAAAGAAGAUGGAUUUGCCAACUAGAAGACUUCAUAUGGAAAACGCAUCUUUUUGCAACAAAAACAACCGGAAAAACAAAGAAUUGAGGACUUUUUCAGACAAAUUUAAUACAGUAAAUUCAGCCUCUCAGAGUUUUUCCAAAUCGGGACCUUCCAAAUGCUUCACCUUUCUCAAUCGACCCCCUGAAAUCGAGUUAUGGGAAACGAGCACACCGAGAGCCAACAAAAAACAAGGCGAUUCCACUCGAAGUUCUGAAGUAUUUAGUAAACAAAAGAGGAAAAGGAAACGGGACCGUGUUCAAUCGGUUUCGCAAGCUUUGGACAGUCUUCUUUCCCGAUGACUAGCGAAUUGUGCUGGUCGGGAUCCCUACUAUAUUUGGGUCCCAUAAUGUACAGUGUAAAGUUUUGCUUUGUUGCCUUUCGGUUUUGUUGCUAAAU